AUGCCUCGUCUUCAAGUACGUGUUGGUAAUUCGAUCGACACCUUGUACCCAAUCCCGAUCAAUGCUACACAACCCACUGCAGUACAAAAUGAUUCAUUUGACGGAUUUAUCAGCGUUCAUAUCCGCGAUCAUGAGCCUCCUUCCACUCUCCUCGACCAAAUCAACAACAACAACAAUGCAUUCUGCAUAGCAAUAACCGGCAAAUUUCUUUUACAAGGAAUGACAACAGAUGAUAUCUUAUUCGGCAAUCAAUUUGAGCGAGCUUUACGGCUGCCCACGGGUACAAGCUUAGCACUACGGUUUGCCCAUUGGUUCGAUCCGGGAUUGGAAGCCAACUUGUACGCAUCUCAACCUCGUGCUUUUUCGCCAUUGGUGGUCACCAUGAAUCGACUUCAAGUCCAACAUGCCGAUUUGGACAUUGUAGCAAAAGAAUCCAGUCGCUCGGCCAUAAACGAGGAUGUUUCAAGUGUCGCACAAGGCCUGACAGACGCCACGCAACGUCGGGCUUACUUUGCCAAUGCUGCCCAUCGCCAAGAUGUUGCUGUGAAACCUGAUCAAGUGUGGAGUAUGCUCUUCACCAAUCCUUACAUUGAUUUCAAUAAGUUUGUGGUACACUUGCCCAUGUUGGAUGUCGAUGUUCUCAAGUAUUGGGAUGGACAACCGCUUCGAUAUUAUGCAAAGACACGAGAUGACAUGACCACCUUUUUCAUUGUUGAAUUCAACCUCAUGCAAGAUGACAAUUAA